AUGGCCACGACGAUCAAUACCCCCAGGGAUCCCAACACCCUGAGCAACUACAACAACUGGCGAUCGACCCAUAUUACCGCGAAUUUUGACAUUCUCUUCGAGCAGAGAAAGCUUGCCGGAAAUGUGAUCCACAAGCUUCGGUCGAUCACCGACGCGUCGUCCACGGAGAUCAUCUUCGACACGAGCUACCUGGAUGUCGGCGACGUCAAGGUCGACGGCAAGUCCUCGACCUGGGAGCUUCUACCGCGGAUGGAGCCGUAUGGGACUGCUUUGAAGAUCAAGCUGGACCAGGGCGUGAAGCUCGACGAGACCGUUGAUGUCGACAUAUCUGUCAAGACCACGGAUAAGUGCACGGCACUGCAGUGGUUGACUCCCGCGCAGACAUCCAACAAAAAGCACCCCUAUAUGUUUUCUCAGUGCCAGGCGAUUCACGCGCGGUCGAUCUUCCCGUGCCAGGAUACGCCGGAUGUCAAGAGCACGCUAGACUUUAACAUCACCUCGCCUCAUCCGGUGAUUGCCAGCGGAUUGCCCGUUCGCAAGCCAUCGAGUGGCUCUGAGGGGCAGAGCGUGUACCAGUUCCACCAGAAGGUCCCGAUUCCGAGCUACCUGUUCGCGUUGGCUAGUGGGGAUAUCUCGGAAGCCUCCAUUGGGCCGCGCAGCGUCGUCGCUACCAGCCCCGACAAAUUACAAGAGUGCCAGUGGGAGCUCGAGGCGGACACGGAAAAGUUCAUCAAUGCGAUUGAGAAAAUCGUCUAUCCCUAUGUUUGGGGUGAAUACAAUGUCUUGAUCCUUCCUCCUAGCUUUCCCUACGGAGGGAUGGAGAACCCAAUCUUCACCUUUGCCACGCCUAGCAUCAUCUCCAAGGACCGAGAGAACGUGGACGUCAUUGCUCACGAACUGGCCCACAGCUGGAGUGGAAACCUGGUGACCAAUGCUUCGUGGGAGCACUUCUGGCUGAACGAGGGCUGGACCACCUACCUGGAGAGACGGAUAUUGGCAGCAGUACACGGCGAGGCCUAUCGGCAUUUCUCUGCCAUCAUCGGCUGGAAGGCGCUCGCAGACUCGGUAGACCAUUAUGGCGCCGACCACGAGUUUACCCGACUGAUUACCGACCUGAAAGGCAAGGAUCCUGACGAUGCGUUCUCGAGCAUCCCCUACGAGAAGGGGUUCAACUUCCUGUACCACCUAGAGACCUUGGUCGGGAAGCAGAAAUUCGACCAGUUCAUUCCCCACUACUUCACAACCUUCAAGGAAAAAUCUCUGGACUCAUACGAAUUCAAAGCCACGAUCCUCGAAUUCUUCCAAUCCGACGCCGAAGCCUCCAAGCUCCUCACCUCCCUCGACUGGGACAAGUGGUUCUACGCCCCAGGCCUCCCACCCAAGCCGCAAUUCGACACCUCCCUCGUAGACGUAGUCUACAAGCUCGCCAAGCAAUGGGAGUCCCUGCCAGAAUCACCCUUCAAGCCCCAGCCCAGCGACAUCGAUGGCCUGACCGCCAACCAGAUCGUCGUCUUCCUGGAGCAGUUCCUCACCGCGCCGAAGCCCCUCUCCCCCGAGCUAUCCAAGCUCAUGGGCGAAGUCUACGGCCUCACCACGACGAAGAACAUCGAAGUCGCAAACCUGUACUGUCAGGUCGGCUUGAAAGCCGGAGAUAAGAGCGUGCUUGCUCCCGCCGCGGACCUGCUCGGUCGGAUUGGGCGCAUGAAAUUCGUGCGGCCUCUGUACCGCAACCUCUCGCGCGUCGACCCCAAACUCGCAGCCGAGACGUUCGAAAAGAACAAGGACUUCUACCAUCCCAUCUGCCGCUCCAUGGUCGAGAAAGACCUCUUUGGGAAGAAGGACGCAUAA